UGUAAGCCCUGUUCUUCCCGAACCCAACAAAAAAGCCACCAUGGUGCACUUCCACUGAAAAAAGAUCAUCACCAGGACCUGCAAAAGCCACCAAUUUGAACCAAAAAUUAAUCCUAAUGACAUAACCUAGACAAUUAUGCUGCAACCUGAACCAUAACCUAAACCCUAACCAAAAUCACAACGACUUUACCCCAGAAUCUAACACUGUCGUUGAGUGAGAAGGCAUUAAUAAAGCCUCGCGAGAGGCGAGACUUCUUAUCCUGUCAGACGAGCGAGGAUAGGAGAUCGGACCGUCGCCAUGGCAGCGGAGAAGAGCAGGGUCCUCGUCGUCGGCGGCACCGGCUUCGUCGGCCGGCGGGUCGUCGCGGCGAGCCUGGCGGAGGGCCACCCGACCUACGUCCUGAUGCGGCCGGAGAUCGGCCUCGACCUUGAAAAGCUCCAGAUGCUGCUGUCCUUCAAGGCGCAGGGCGCGCGGCUGCUCGAGGCAUCGCUCGACGACCACCGGAGCCUCGUCGCCGCGGUCCGGCAGGUGGACGUCGUCGUCUCCGCCAUGUCCGGCGUGCACUUCCGCAGCCACAACAUCAUGCUCCAGCUCAAGCUCGUCGAGGCCAUCAAAGAAGCUGGUAAUGUUAAGCGUUUUGUGCCGUCUGAAUUCGGCACGGAUCCGUCGAGGAUGGGGCAUGCUCUUGAGCCAGGGAGGGUUACAUUCGACGAGAAGAUGGUGAUAAGAAGAGCAAUUGAGGAGGCAGACAUCCCCCAUACAUAUGUUUCUGCAAACUGCUUUGCAGCUUAUUUCUGUCCUAACCUCUGUCAGAUGAAAACUCUUCUCCCUCCCAAAGACAGAGUUGGUGUGUAUGGGGAUGGCCACGUUAAAGUGUUUUUUGUGGAUGAAAAUGAUGUGGGAACAUAUACAAUCAAAUCAGUCGAUGAUCCUCGCACCUUGAACAAGACAGUAUACAUAAGAGCACAAGACAACUGCCUCACUCAGAACGAGUUGAUUGAAAAGUGGGAAAAACUCACUGGGAAAAGCCUUGAGAAAUUCCACAUACCUGCUGACGACUUUUUGGCUUCAAUGAAAGAUCUGGACUUUGCUCACCAAGUGGGAAUAGGACACUACUACCACAUCUUCUACGAGGGCUGCUUGACAAACUUCGAUAUCGGUGAGAAUGGUGCCGAAGCAACUCAGCUCUACCCAGAGGUUCACUACACUCGUAUGGAUGAAUACCUGAAACGCUAUCUGUAACUCGACAAAACAUAAAUCAUGUAACCUGCAAGUAAGGAUGCAGGAUAAUCAAUGGGCCUAAAACCUGCUUAUAUUGGGCAUGUCCUGGUAAAUUGUCCUAGACAGAGUUCAAGAAAAUCCAUGCCUGUUAGCUACAAAAAGGAUCUCAAUUAUUAUCUUGUUUUGUCGAAUCUGUUGUGCUAUCAAGUUGAUUACUGGGUGCAAAGGUGAACUGAGAAA